AGCGUAGCAACUCUGGUAUUUCAAUUCACAGCGGUUGAUAGAGAGCGUCUUUCAUUUUUCUCGACAAUUAAUUUACGCAGCUAAACAGCGAGCAUGGGACAUAUUAAGUAGUGUGUAUAGUUAAUUAGUUGUAGUGAUUAAAUGUGAACAACAAUUGGAGUGCAUGGUUUGUCGCGUGACCAUACGCUAGCAAUUGUCGUUAUCCUGUGCGCUAUUUCCUUUCCGAUUCGUUUUCUUUGUUGUUUUUAUUGUUUUUGCUGCUGCAGCUGCUAACGUACACACACACACCCAUACUUAUAUAUAUGUACAUACAUUCGAUUGGGCGAGAACGUCUCAUCAUAUCCAACAAUGGACAUGGAAUACGUGAAUAUCAAUGAAUUUAACGACCUCGAACUGGCGACGCGCAUGCGCACCUGCAACUAUGAGAAAUACAAAUCUCUCGUGCGCAUGCACCUCUCAUUUGAGCUUGAAUUGAACACCGAUGAAUUCGAUUUACCCUGCCACGAGAUUGUCUACGAGGACAAAGGCAAACUCAAGAAAUGGAAUCGUCUGUCCAAGAAGCAUAGAUUGGGUCACGUUGGCAAUGCUGCAAGCGUUGCAACUGUCACAGGAUGUGCCGCAGGAGGAGCAGGCAACAAAUCGGUGGGCAACAGUCCAACAGAGUGUUUGCAGCAGCAAAUCGAUGCUGGCUUUCAAAUGCAUCUCUUGGAGCUCAAGGAGUUCCUUAUGCUGGAGAAGAAUCUCACCCAGGAAGGACUCUUUCGUAAAACAGGCGCCGUUUCGCGACAGAACGAAUUGCGUUUGCAUAUACAACAGGACAAGCCACUGGAGCUGGAGCAGACGGGAUUCUCAGCGCACGAUUGUGCGACAGUUUUCAAGAGCUUUUUGGCCGAACUGCCGGAGCCUUUGCUCACGGAUGCUCACUAUCCGGCGCAUCUGCAAAUUGCGCCGUUGUGCCAGGAUCUGAACGAAAGGACUCAAGCCUCGAUGGAACGUCAGCAGCAUUUGUUGAACUCGGUGCAGUUGCUGCUCCUGUUGCUGUCCGAGGAGCACCGCGAACUGCUGCAGCACAUCAUAGAAAUGCUGCACUCCGUAUCCUUGCAUGAGCAGAGCAACAAGAUGACAGCUGCCAAUCUGGCGACGAUAUUUACACCACAUCUCAUCUGUCCGCGCAAUCUGCCGCCGGAGGUGCUCCAUUACACGGCCAAGCGCAUGUCCAGCAUUAUUGCCUAUAUGAUUACUCGCAAUAUGGACAUAUUUGCCGUGCCCGCCAAGCUGGCAACCGAUAUCCGGGCGUACUUUCUUGAACGCAAACGCAAGAAAACAAUGUCGCCGGAGCAAACGCUCGACGAAUCCAUCUCGGACAUCUCAACGGUCAACACGGUGUACACUUUUGUAGAUCGAGCUGCCACCGCAGCGGCCACCAAUACCAACAACACGGAUACUGAACUCGCCCAGCUGUACGCCCAUAUACAAAGUCUACCGGAAUCAUCCAAGAAACGGCGACUUAUCAAACAGUUUAACAAACAAAACGGACAGGGUACGCCGUUGCAGCUGGUAGUUAUGAAUCGACUAAAGAACAAUGAGGCGACUCGGAGUGCCAAAUCCUUGGGAGACUCCAUUAAAAAGCAUAUAUUUCACAAGAGCCUCAUGUCGCGUACGCCCAAACGGGCGCCUGCUUUGCAAGUUAUGGGUGGACCAGAGACGCCUAAUCUAUCGCAUGCCAAGGCGCCCAAAAUGCGCGUGCUGUUCCAAAGUCCCACGCCGGCGAUGCCUCUGGCUCCUUCAUCGUUAAUCAGCCACAUAACAACCUCAACAUGCGGCACUAACCCACUGCACACGCUUCAGAAAUCCAUUUCAUCCACAUCGCUCAAGAUCGCUCAAGAUUCAUCAUCGGAUAGUAGUAGCUGUGCUUCAAGCAGCCAUUCAGCUCCCGUCAGUCGCCAGCAGUCACAUGAGUUGUCCACUGUGCCAUCUGUUGUGCCUGAGCUGGACGAGAUCGACACGUGCUGUGUGACGCCGCUGAAGGUCAUCUCGGCAGCGGCACAGCAGCUGAUCAGUGUGGCUGAGAAGAAGACUGUGGCCUGGGAUGAUCGGCGUCUGCAGGAGAUCGAGGAAUACUCGAAUCCCUGUACACCUGUACAGCAAUCCUCACGCUACAAAUCUGAGCCUAAUCUGUGUAGUCUACGACCACAGAUUCAUGACGAUGACGACGGCGACGAGGAUGCUGCACUCACGCCGAUUGUGGAAGUGUCGGCGACAACAAACAGCGGCAUGGGCAAGUCCCUGACCCGUAAGCUGAUGAAGGGCGUCAGCAUGGGCAAUCUGCGCUUUCCCUUCAGCACGCCGGAGACGACAAAGCGCUUGGUGCGCAGUGUAUCGGCGACACUUAAGCGGCGUCCCAGUGGUAGUGAUGAUGCCAAGCAGACUGGAUGCCCCUCGCAGACAGCAGAUGCUCCAUUGCUGGAGGAUAUGGAUGACAGCGAUUUGGAUGCGAUCGAUGAUGACACCUUGUCCAAUGAGCUGCCCAGUGGCAUAGGCAUAGGCAUGACCGUGGAUGCAGCCUAUCAUCAUCAGCAGCUGCUGCAGAGCAGCGUUUAUCGUAAUCUGGAUCUGAUAACGAGUACCCCAUCACUUCGGAUGGGUCGUCGAUCGAUGUCUCCCAUAACCAAAUCCACACAACGCAUGCCCAAGGCAAUGCAGGAAUCCAUUAUGACCCCGCGUUCCCGCAAACCCGUUAUGAUGCUCACAGCAUUGGGCAAUGGCGACAAGCAGACAAAUCUCUGUUUUGCCGAGCAAACCGAACAGCCGGACCAGGACGAGAUGAUGGUCAGCAAGCAACUGGAGCCACCGGCUCUACACAGCGAGGAUGCCACUUCGCUGGGCGGCUAUGCGGAUAUAUUGAGACGUCAGUAUAUUAACGGCACCAUAAUCUCCUCCAGGCAGUGCUCCAGCAGCAGCAGUAACAGCAACAGCACGGAUCUGGAAACGGAGCCCUCAAUGGAGGGGAAACCGCACAAUGCCCUCACAAGCGAUUUUAAGGAGUAUUUGCUAACACGCAGUGUUUUGACUGCCAGUCCGGCGGAUUUGUCAUUUGCCAGUCGCUCUGAUGACUUUGGUGGCGCCAACACAACACAGGACAUUGAGGACUUUGAUGAGUCCGAGCUGAGUCCCAGUUUGCUAUACUGCUUGGAUGGCAAUGAACCAGCAGUCGCCUCGCCCUUGGGCAGCUUCAACAGUGGCCGCAAACGGUCAGCUGACACACCUCGAAAAUCAGCCCUUGUGCCGGAUGAUUCGGACAAUAAGGAGAACAUUUCAAGCGGAGAUGCGGAUGCGGAUGAGCAUUUGCGUACUAAAAAGUUACUGAUUACUUCUCAUGAGGAGUAUCCGGGAGAAACCGCACUUUAGUCUUAAGCAUUGACAGAUUUUGCACCUUUGAACGUUAAAACCGUUGUACGGUUUUAAAAAAUAUCUCUUAUCUCAAACAUAUUGCUUCCGUGAAAUUGUUUUCGAAAACAAAACGAGCUGUCAGAAAAGUUCGUUUAUUUAGUUGUAGGAAUUACGUUUUCGCUUUGUAAUUGCACGCGUUUUCCACAAAACUCUUAUAGUAGUCUAAGAAUUAACAUUUUAAAUGCAUGCCACAUAAAUAUUCAAAUAAUAUUGCACAAAACCUUACAUAUUAUAACACAUUUACAUUUAAUAAAAAUAUUUUAUUAAUCAU